CUCGACUCCUGGCAUGGUCGCAAUACAGCGCAUUAGUCUCUUCUAGUCGUGUUGCACAGCGGCUCACUUUUGAUUGAAGAGCCGAAACUCAGUAUCAGUACCAGUUCAAAUGUCGCGAGCAGCGAAGGCGACAUUACUAGCCUCAGUAUGCCUGUCUGCGUUCACGAUAUGGGGUGUACAUUUCCUUCAGGAGCAAGAGCAUGAAAACAUGUUCCAGGGUGUUCUUCGGGAUGAUGAGCGUCGGCGGGAGAAGAUGAGACAGAGAGAGGAAGAACUCCAGGAGUCUCUACGAAAGCGGGCUCUUUAUGAACGGUAUCAGCAGGUGUCUUCGCAAAGAGAUGUCCUGGAGGACCACAGCUGAUGAUCGUGCUUGUCACUUGCGGUGACGAGAAUUCGUCUUCUGAGCUCCUAUAGGAUCCUUCCGCGAUGAGUUCCGGUACGCAAGUACUAUACACUCCUGUGUAAAACUCGCAGUAAUGGGGAUCUUCGGGGACUUCAUUUACACCUCAUGAUGCUCGCACAAGUUGGCAUACGCGCA